UUAUUAAGUGGCAACUCCAAAAUAUAUAAAUAGUUUCCGAGUGCAAAAAACUGUAUUUAUGGGAAUAAAAUAGAUAAAUAUCAGCUGAAUCGUGUGAAAAGUAGUGCUCGCUAGCAGCAUAAAGCCGCACCAUGUCAAAGUCAAGCGCAGCACGCUGGGUGAAGUUCUUCAAUGCGGCGGGCAUCCCUUCGCCCGCGGCCGCCGGCUACGCGCAUGUCUUCGUGGAGAACCGCAUCCAGGACGACAUGCUGCUGGAUCUCAACAAGGAGUAUCUGCGGGAAAUGGGCAUCACGCUGAUGGGUGACAUAAUUGCCAUCCUGCGGCACUCGAAGAGCGUCUGCGAGCAGAAUGCCCGGGAUCAGGUGAUGACCACCGAUGUGGUGGUGCAGCCUAUAGCACGUCCGGUGUCGCCAAAGGUCAAGACGCCGGUGGCGGCUGCCAAACCAAAGGUAUCGCCGCCCGCAAAGCCGGCGAGACGGGUGCUGCCCGAGCACGAGGGCAAAUACAAGGUGACACUGCCCUCGGGCACCACAGAGCGCAGCAAACAGAUCCUGGCCAAGCGGGAGAAGCUUUACUCCGAUCGCGUGAGCAGCUCCAAGAAGCCAGCCAUCUUUUCGCGCCUGCACGCCGCCAGUGGCGAGGACGAGGCCCAGGAGGGCAUCGUGUCCAGCUCCGGCGAGAGCAGCGUUCGCGUGCACAUCACCGGGGUGUCCAAGACACCGGAAACCUCCUCCGGAGUCUUUGCUCGACUGGGCGGCAAGCAAUCCAGCGAUGUCACCCUAACCAAGGAAAUAAAGUCAAUCCUGAAGAACACACAACGUUCGGUGACCAAGAACUCGCCCAUUGUCAAGGCCAAGAAGGUGGCCGCCUCCACGGUGCCGCAGCAAAAGGUCAUGCUCGUCCACAAGGUUCCCCUAAAAAGGGGCGACGACGAAGACGACAGUAUGGAAGAUGUAGGAAGCGAUGAGGAUGACUUUGUGUCCAGCGAUGAGGGCGAGGACUACGAAAUGGGUGCCGCCGAAAAGAUUGUUAAAUUCGCUUCUACAGCAGAGGUUCGUGAAAUUGCACCCGAGUCGUCCUACAAAAACAGGCAUGGCAAAAACUUUGCCAACAACAUUAAAUCGAGGCUGGGAAUGGUGUCCAAACUUCAUGCCACCAAGAAGACCUACAACCUAAAGGCAUCGCCCUCGAAGAAACCACAGGCUCGCCUAAGCCCUGUAAAGGGCAAGGCCAUACGCAUGCGCAGCGACGAGCUGAUGGUUCGCCAGGACACGCUGCCUGUCCACAAGAGGCUGGGAGGCAACUCCUCUUCCGCUCCUGUAAGAGCUCCGCCAGCAGCACCACAACGCCAUUAUCAGCAGCGACCGGAGCCACCGAAGAAGAAAUAUGUUCCGCCCAGGCGCUAUAACAGCAUGAAUGCAGGCCAUAACAAGCCACGCGAUCAGUCUGGCUCUGUCUUCGACCGCCUGGGCUUCAAUAACUCUAUGUAAAAUAUAAGUAAUCUGUGUCCCUCUGAAAUCGUUUUAAGUUCAAUGCCCCUAACUAACUUUGCCAGUAAAUGUUCGAAUUGAAGUAGAAA